AUGUCUCCUACUGGUAUUCUCGGUGGUGUUCUGGACCACGCACUCCAAAUUGCACUUGGAUUUGAAGAGGACGAGGUCGCUUACCAGCACUUUCAACACAGAAUCUGCACCAUCGCUGAAGGGGCAUUCGACUUUUCAAGACCGAUGAAAUGCCCCCAACGCGAUGCGCUCAACAUAUUUGUUCAAAAGAGUAUGAAGGAGAUCGAUGAUCUCCUACCUUACGCUCCCCCAUGCACCGGAGUCGAGAUGCACGUGCUUCUCCAACGCUACGGCGCCAGCUAUCUAGCAUGGAAGUCGGGCUAUUUUGACCGACCAAAGCCGUUGACCAUCAAGUUAAAUUUUGGACUAAUCAACAAGCGCCACACGCCCGUUGAACCACCUCCUCCAAAUGUCGACGACAGGACAACGAUCCGACAGUUUCUUAGUGGGUGCCAUCCCCCGAUGCUGCACCUGCUCGACAAAUUUCUGAGCGCAGGAAUCACUGGACAAGUCCCUUUAAGUAUGCUUUGCUGCCGCGAGAAGGAGGAACUCAAGGAGUAUUUGACCAACAAGUCAAUUGGGCAAAACGCAUUGGAGAUUGAGGCCCUGGUUUUGGCAUUGCUCAGAAGGAGUGCCUCCCAUAAGUUACAUGUAAAAGUCUAA